UUUCCCUGCAGAGCCACGGGAAGCUUACUAACAAUCACUUGAAACCUCCAGACUCCUCCAGUCAUUGUUCAAAAUGAGCAAGAUUAUUGUUUUUACCGAAGAGGGCUUCGGGGGCAGAACAGCUGAAUUCAAGAACGAUGUCUGUGACUUAGAAGAAAUCGGCUUCAACAAUGUCAUCUCAUCUCUCAAAGUCAUUGGUGCACCAUGGGUAGCAUACUAUGACACGAAUUUUGGUGGAAAGCAACGACUGUUUCAAGAAGGAGAGUAUGCUACUCUUGAUGACAAAAGAAGGUUUUCUUCCCUCAAGAUGAUCAAAGAUAACCUGGAAAACCCUGAAAUCCGGCUGUUUGAGCAUGUGAACUAUCAAGGAAGAAGUGUGACCCUGCGCGGUGAAACCAAUCUUCACGACAUUAAUUUCAGUGACACCGCAUCUUCCCAUAGAGUGAAAAGUGGUGUCUGGAUACUCUAUGAGCAUGUCAAUCGUAAGGGUUCCCAGCUUAUUUCUUUCCCUGGGGAACAAAUUCCUAACUAUGUUCCGCUCUCCUUCAACGAUAUGGCCAGCCAUGUGCGUCCCUUGCUGCCGAAGUCAUAGACAGCAUCAUUCAAAAUUCACUUUCUGCAGCUGAAUAUGAACAGGAACACUUUUGGAAAGAACAAAGCAGCUCGUGGGGAAAGACUGAUCCUGACAAGAAACUAUGACUGUGACACCAACAAUAACAAAGAAAAUGUAUGCAAUUCAACUCAGUCUUAUCAACAACAGAUAUCAGUUUGAAGUUAUACAGUGUAUGUUAAUUUGGCAAAUAUUCUGUAACUGGUGAUUUUUUUUUAUUAUUGAACAAUUUAAUUUGCUUUGGUUUUCAUCAAAGUACAGAUUUGGAAUUGUAUUUCCCGUUUGACGAGUGAAAUUUUAAAAAGGAUUUUGUUUUCAUAUUAUGCUGCGUAAGAGACAACAAAUGCUGUUUUAUUCUGUCAACUCAGAAAAUAAAGAGUCUUAAACAUAA